GCAGCAGGGAGCCCAGGCGGAGCGGCGGCUGGGCAGCGGAACCGUCCAGCUCCAGAGCAUUAACCUCGUAGCAAAGCUGGAGCCCAUUCAGAGGAAAAGCUGGAGAAUCCUCUUCCAUUCUCCCCGUGCUGCACCGGACCUGCCCUGGUGUCAAAGAAAGGGCUGUAAAGUGGCUUUCCAGGACUAGUUGGCUGCCAUGCUAAUAUUGCUUGCGUUUGGAGUGCUGCUUCAAGAAAUCCUGGCUAAUGCCCAAGAUGAAAAUCUUAUUGAAAUCAAAAACAUUCCAGAAGUGCCAUUAUAUAACUACAAAAGUAUCAAUGUACCGGAAGAGCAUAUUCCAUAUUUUCUGCACAACAAUCGGCAUAUUGCCACAGUCUGUAAGCAGGACUCUCAUUGCCCAUAUAAAAAAUACUUGAAGAAUCUAAAAUCCUGCUGGGGCUAUGAGAGAUCCUGCAAGCAGGAAUACAGGUUUGGUUACCCGGUGUGUGAUUAUGUUGAAACGGGAUGGGCUAAUGACAUUGAGACAGCUCAGCAGAUAUUCUGGAAACAAGCUGACUUUGGUUAUGUUAAAGAAAGGCUAGAUGAAAUGAAAACCCACUGCAAGCCUAUAGCAAAGGGUGAUUCAUCUCUGGCCUGCUCACAGUACCUCCAGCAUUGUAGAGCGACAAACUUGUACAUUGAUUUAAGAACCACAAAGCGAAACCAUGACAGAUUCAAGGAAGACUUUCUCCAGAAAGGAGAAAUCGGAGGUCAUUGUAACUUCGACAGUCAAGUAUUCAUGGCUGAAGGUCAGCGCAAGAGCCCUCUGCAGUCUUGGUUUGCCGAACUCCAGACAUAUACUCCACUAAGCUUCAGACCCAUAGAAGAUGGCAAAUGUGACAUUAUUAUUGAAAAGCCAACUUACUUCAUGAAAUUAGAUGCAGGUGUUAAUAUGUAUCAUCACUUCUGUGACUUUGUCAAUCUUUAUAUCACUCAGCAUAUUAACAAUUCGUUCAGCACAGAUGUCAACAUUGUCAUGUGGGACACUAGCUCAUAUGGCUAUGGUGAUUUGUUCAGUGAGACCUGGAAGGCAUUUACUGACUAUCACAUAAUACACUUGAAAACAUACGACUCUAAAAGGGUAUGCUUUAAAGAAGUAGUGUUUUCAUUAUUGCCUCGAAUGCGAUAUGGCUUAUUUUACAAUACACCACUGAUCUCUGGCUGUCAUGGUACAGGGUUAUUUAGAGCAUUUUCCCAGCAUGUGUUACACAGAUUAAAUAUCACACAAGAUGGACCCAAGGAUGGAAAAGUUCGUGUCACAAUACUUGCACGCAGUACAGACUACCGGAAAAUAUUGAACCAGAAUGAGCUUGUGAAUGCUUUGAAAACAGUAUCGGCGUUUGAGAUCAAAGUAGUAGAUUACAAGUACAAGGACCUUGAAUUUUCAGCGCAACUGAAAAUCACACAUAACUCUGAUAUAUUCAUUGGAAUGCAUGGAGCUGGACUUACCCAUUUACUCUUUCUGCCAGACUGGGCUGUUGUGUUUGAACUAUACAACUGUGAGGAUGAACGCUGCUACCUAGAUUUAGCAAGGCUGCGAGGCAUCCGUUACAUUACCUGGCAAAAAAAGAACAAAGUGUUCCCUCAAGAUCAGGGACACCACCCAACACUGGGAGAACACCCAAAGUUUACUAACUACUCAUUUGAUGUGGAAGAAUUUAUGUACCUUGUGCUUUUGGCUGCCGAUCAUGUAUCACAACAUUCUAAGUGGCCGUUUAGGGUAAAACAUGAUGAAUUCUAGGCCAAAUUUCAGGUUUAAAAAUGAUUUUUAGCAGCAUUUCUUUAAAAUGUGUUAAAAUAGAUAAAAAGAAUCCAUGCUGGUAUAAAACUUGCAAACUCCUAGGAGGAAAAAAAAAUCCCUCUAUCAAAAACACUCUCAGAGCUUUUUAUUGUAUUUUCAUAUUCUCUCUUCAGUUCUAAAUUUUAUUCUAGGAGUCUUUUGUUGGUCACUUCUAUUUAUCAAGCUUAUUUUUUGCACUAGUUGUUUGCAUUGCUAAUUCUCACUGCUUGACUUUUUUGUAUAAAGUUUUGUCCAUCCAUUUCAUGUUACAUUUGUCCCAUGUAUAAAUUGUCCUCUUGUAGCAAGCUGUGCAGAAUUGGAGAGAGGAGGGGUUGGGUGGGGUGGGUUGGGUUGUUGGGUAUGGAAGGAUUAAUACAGAACUAUUUCUCAAGUUGGUCAUGGUAUGAAUGACCUAUGUAUUGAAGUGUAAUAAUGGAAACAGUUCUCCCGUCCCUCAUCUAGUCUUUGGUCUUGAAGCUUCUAUGAUGCAGUACUGUACGUGUUGUAAAUAAAAUAUUUGGGUAGGAAUUGAGUUCCUAUCUUUAGAUUUUAAGCUAUGGCGUUUUAAAGCACCUGUUAUCCAUACAAAGCAUUUUCUAUAUGAUGCAGUGUAUACCUUAAAGGUCAUAUUUUAAACUCGGAGGCAUUUUCCAGCUACAGAUAAAAACCUUGCAUUUUUAAGAUAAAAACCUAAACCUUCCAAAGUCAGCAAUAGUUUGUGUUAAUCCUGUGGCUGUCCCCACUCCUCCAAAAAAAAAAUUAGGUUACAAUUGUAAAAAGCACCAGCUCUGACAAAGGCCCCUGUUUGGGUUAGGUCAGGUCUUAUGUAAGAAAUCUUUCUUAACCAUUUAUUGAGGUAGUUCAGAUAAUUCCAAGUGUUUUCUAAUUUUUUCACAAAUGCAGCUCUUCUGUGGCAGAAAUCUUGACAGUCUAAACAGUAUCAUAUAUACUCUCUUUGAGGAGGUUUAAAGGAAUUGACUGUUUUUUUCUGGCAAAAAUGAUAGGAUGAUGUAGGCCUCUCAACUAAAUUGAGAUAUAACUAAAUCAUGAAAGGAACAUUGUUGUUUUAGGCAAUAAGAGGCUGAUCCGCAGUGAGACUGAUUUCAAUAGGAUCAGGCCCUGUGGAUGGGCCUUUCAAAAGUGCUCUGUUUUGGUCUCACUCAGCUCUCAUUAAAGUCAGUCAGAGCUUUGCCAUUGACUUCAGCAAAGGCAGAGUUAGGCCUGUGCUGAGUGUGUU